CCUUGGACCACCGCAGCAACUGCAACCGCCAUGUUGCCAUCCCUCCGUCGCCUGGGCGCCGUGGGAUACAUCGCCCGUGCCAAAGAGUUGGGACGCCAAAGCCUGCUGGGCACGUUCCACAGCACCGGCGAGCGCUUCGAUGCCAUCCUGAAAGGUAUGGAAUGUGUGAAGGUUGAGGAUGGCCAUGUUGAGUGCAAGGUCUUGGUGACAGAGGCUAUGCAAAACAGCUACGGCACCAUGCAUGGCGGCUGCACAGCCACCAUUGUGGACGUUUUGGGCACCAUGGCCCUGCUCACCAAGGACUCCCAGCGUCCGGGCGUCAGUGUGGAGAUGAGCCAAAGCUUUUUGGCGCCGGCCAAGGGCGGCGAGGUCGUCUUUGCCACUGGUGUGGUCACCAAAUAUGGCAGGGCCCUGGGUUUCACCGAGGUCCGGCUGACGGAUGUGCACGGCAAGUUGCUGGCCACGGGGCGACACACCAAAGCCUUUCCAGCGGCCGGCUGACACGGGGCGAACCUCAGCGCCACUCAUCGCUUUGCGGAAAAGAAGACGCCGGGCGAUCGCAGGGGGCAGCAAUUCACCUGGCAUCUGUGCAGCUACUGGCUGACGCUGGCUGACAUCUCAUCCGUGAUGAAUAUUCAAACUAUUUCCAACUCAUUUUGUACAACCAACACACAAUCAUUAACCUGGUUUCAGUUUCUGCCCCCACGAG